AUGGCCCAACUGAUUAUUGCGGGCAAGCCAUAUGGUCCACAUCCUUUCGUGUGUCAGAUUAGAGAUAUGGAUACUCAUGAGCCAUUGGAGGGUGUUCAUGUUGGGGAUAUUGGACCAAAAUUUGGCUACAAUACAAUGGAUAACGGGUUCCUAUUGUUGAACCAUUUCAAGAUUCCACAUGUCAAUAUGCUGGCCAAGUUCUCCAGCGUUGACCCUGACACCAACAAUUACGUCAAGCCAUCAUCACCAUCGUUAAUUUAUGGUACUUUGACCUGGGUUCGGUCAACCAUCGUUCUCCAAUCCGGUGGCGUCUUGGCUCGGGGUGUGACUAUCGCAACAAGAUAUGCUUCUGUCAGACGUCAAUUUCAAGAUCGUGACGCUGGAGCUGAUGCAUCCGGGGAGAACCAGGUUAUCAACUACACUAUGGUACAAUAUCGAUUAUUGCCAUUGCUUGCCGCGACAUUUGCUUUGCACUUCACAGGAAAAGCGAUGAUGGGGUUGUACCAAGAUAAUCAGAAGAGGAUGCAACAAAACGCAGUAGAUGCUUCAGAUAGCAGCCGGGCGCCUGGUCCCGAGGAACUCAACUCUGGAAGUGAUUUAGUGGCCGAUCUACAUGCUACAUCAUGCGGUCUCAAAGCGCUUGGAAGCACAACUGCCGCCGAGGGACUCGAAGUCUGUCGAAGAGCAUGUGGUGGCCACGGAUACUCAAGUUUCAGUGGUAUCGGUAGUUGGUACGCUGAUUACCUUCCCACCACAACAUGGGAAGGAGAUAACUACAUGCUCACGCAGCAAGUAGCUCGAUACCUUCUCAAAUCUGCUCGAGCCGUGUUGAAGGGAAAUGCUCCCAACAACGACACCACGAGAAUCUUCACCACAUUCCUCCAAAAGCAGGACAUGGGUGCCGCUCAUGAUGUUCUCGGCUCCGAUAGUGAUAUCGUCGCCGCCUUCGCAUGGAGAACAUCCUUCCUAACCUUCGAAGCCCUCAAACAUCGCGAUGCCGAAAAGGGCUCAUGGAACUCACUUCUUGUCGAUUUCUGGCGUCUGAGCACUGCACACUCUCAAUACCUCGUCGUAAAAAACUUCUACGAUGCCCUCCAAAGCGACUCGCUCCGCCACGAACUCGACGCCGAAACUAUCCAUGUCCUGCAUAAACUCUACCGUCUGCACGCUCUCAACACGCUGGAGAAAGAAGCUUCGGAAUUCUACUCCUCGUCUGCGGUCACUGUGCGUCAAAUCCAGUUGGCUAGAACAAAGAGUGUGAUGAAGUUACUAGGGGAGAUUAGACCACAUGCAUUAAGUCUAGUGGAUGCGUGGGCAUUCCCAGAUUGGCAACUUGAUUCUUCGCUGGGUAGGAAAGAUGGGAAGGUUUACGAGGAUAUGUUUUAUAGGGCUAGUCAGUUGAAUCCUCUUAAUGGCUUGACGGUGGAUCCGUAUGCGGAUAAUGAUAAUAUCGUUAAGAGGGAUGAAACGGAGAAGUUUAGGAGUAAGUUGUAA